AUGAUUUAUCUCUUGGCUAAACUCAACAACUCAUCAAUAGUAGCUCUUCUAGACACUGGAUCCGCUCUUACAAUCGUCUCCGAAACAGUCGCUAGAAAAAUCAAGGCUCAGCUUUCUCAGCCCUUGGUUACAAAAGGUAUCACAGCGAAUGGAUCCUUUAUGGACCUUCUUGGCCAAUUCUCUCCACAUCUUACUAUAGGAAGCAAAACCAUAAGAAUCACUUGCUAUGUCGCUUCGGAUGCCAAUUGUUCUUCUCCGUUCAUCCUAGGCAACGACACAAUCCAACGUUUCACGAAAACUAUGUCAAUCAAUUAUCAUUCCCACACAGUUUCUUUCGAUAAGAAUACUGUCCCAUUCACAACACUAAAUUAUAGCAACCAUGACCUUCUUAAUCUUCCUGUUCAUUUAGUCGAAAACAUUACCCUGCAACCAUUUUCAGACAACAUAGUUAUGGGAACCACUAAUACUAUAUUUCCCCAGCAUUGGGAACUCUUCACCUCUGAUAACCCACUGUAUAACAUACCGAACGGAAUCCACGUAGGCAAAACCCUCUCAUGCCCAAACACUCAGGGAACAAUAUGUUUACGCAUAUUUAAUUCAUAUCCUACCCAAAUUCCUUUACAAAAAGAAAAUCCUAUUGCGAUAGCAGAUUUUUAUAUCAUAAUAAUGCUACUGCCAAUGGAACCCAGCAAAUUAAGGAAUCAUCUGAAUAUAUCCCACCUGAAGCUAACUUUGCUAAAGAAUUACCCCACUUUCCCAACAAUCAAUCCACAGAAAUCGAAAACCGCGUUCCAAAUCAAUCAUUCUAUUCUGAAUGAAAAGCAACUUUUUGAUUUCCACAAAUUAUUAGAUAAAUAUCACGAAUGUUUCGUAGGAAAAGAUGGAAACCUUGGUCGCUAUAAUGGCCCAAUCACUCAUAGUAUUAAUUUUAUACCGAACUCAAAAGCACCAAAACAAAGACCUUAUCGAGUGCCUCUGGAAAAACGCAAAGAGAUAGAACGACAAAUCCAAGAGAUGCUAAGAACACGCAUCAUUGAACCUAGCACCAGUAAGUUCGCUUCCCCAAUAGUACUGGUCAAAAAGGUCCAAAUAAAGACCAAUGGCGAUUUACAGUUGAUUAUCGUCAAAUAA